AUGAGUGAUGAUGACUUUUUUCAAGAUAAAGGAAGCAGCUCAUUACAGUAUAUCAAGUGCAAGACCAGCACAAAAAUAGAUGAUAUAUUGAAAAGACGAAGAAAUAAAUUAGUAAAAGAGGAAGAUACACAUGAGGAAAAGGAAAAAUGGAAUCAUCCUUCAGAGGAAAACACAGUGGAGGAAGGUGGCCAGAAAGAAAAAAGAGAAGAGAAAGCAUUUAUGCCAAAUGAGUGUAACAAUAAAAGUAGCGAAAGAGUAAAAGAUAGGAAUAUUUGGACACGAGAUAAAGGAAUGAAUUACCAAAAUGAAAUGUUAUCGUUUGAAUACAAUAAAAAUGCUGAUAAGAAAAAGGAAUUGUGGGAAAAAUUCAGAGAAAGUGGAAAUAGUGAAUCAAUUUAUGAAAGGAACACAUUAAAGGAAGAGAAAAAUAAUGAGAAUGAUAGGACGAGUAACAACCAACUUGAGGAAGUGAACAAAUAUUUAAAAAAAAAACAGAGUUACGCAAACAUAAUGAAUAAUGAAGAAGAAGUAAAUUUAGGAAAAUAUUCUUCACGAGGUAGAUAUAAUAUAAUGAAAAAAAGUUUCAUAAAAGAUUCAGUGAAAGACAUUUCUUUCUAUGAUGAGAAAUUGAAAAAAGGAAGUAUUAAAAGCUGCAUUAAUUUGUCUACAUUUGAUAAUAAUACAGAAAAGAAUAAAUUAGUUGCAUCAAAAUCUUUUAAAAAUUUAAGCUCUUUCGAAAAGGAAAAAAGUAAUAGUCAAUUCUAUCAGAAUAAUGGUGUGGAAAAUAUAAAUUAUGUAAAUGAUACUUUGGGAUGCAAUAUGAACAACAUACAUAAAACUCCAAGCACAGAAAUUCUUUUAAGAGAGAUAAGAAGCCAAGGCAAUAGUAACAGUGGUUAUAUUGGUUAUGCUACUGGUCUUGGUAAUGGUGAUCAUAAUGAACAUGUGUUUCAUAAUUGUCACGAAUUAAAUGGAGAAGAAAAUUUUUCAAAUUUGAAUCAGAUGUAUCUAAACGAUGUAGAUUUAAAUAAAACUCCAAGUAAGAGUUUUUCAAAAAGCUACUUCGAAUAUAUAAAAUUCGAAACAGCUGGGAAGAUGAAUAUGAGUGAAUUGGAAACCCCUGCGAAUUUGAACGAUGAAAAGGAUGAAGAAACUACAAAUACUCCCUUUAUCACAUAUUAUUUGGCUGGAAAAAUUAGUAAAAAUGCAAAUGAUGAAGAGGAAAAGCUACAUUAUGCACAUGAAGAUGAACAAAUUCCAGAGAACAGCCCAGGCAUAGAGGUUGAAAAGAGUUGUAGGAAUUAUUAUCCACCAAAGAAAGAUUUUCUUACACUUGAUGGAGCGAUUUCCAAAGUAGAACAAGAGAAACAAAAGAGUAAUAAUUUAAUUAUGAAGGAUACGGGUUCUAAAUCUCAUUUGGUUGAAGCUAAAAGUAUUGCUACUUGUAAGACAAGUGAGAUGAUCAUUCAUGAGAAUCUAAAUGUCAAGAGCUCUGAUGAAAGAUGUGAAGCACGUAAACAUGAGGAGGAGGAUCUUUCAAUUAGAAACAGUAACAAGGUGGAAUAUGAUGGGGUACACACAUUGAAGCGUACGGGUUCAUAUAAGUACAAUUUUGUAAAGACAAAAGAAGAAUACAAUAACAUGUUAAGAGAAAAGAAUAAUACAAAUGAAAUAUACACAAAUAGUAGUAAUACUACUAGAAAAAUAGUAUCAAAUAAUAAUGUAAGUUUUACUGAUAAAAUAUUUUCAUGUAACGAAUUUCAUAUAAUGAAUACAAAAUCGUUUAGAGAUAAUUAUUUUGAUAAUGUAGGUUAUAAUAACAAGGAUAGCAGCAUGCCAAUGAAGAUGAUGAAGUUUAAAAGUGAUAUAAUUAGUUCUGAUUGUGAACUUAAAAGGAGUUUAACAGUUAGAGAUGUAGCACAGGUAAAUUCAAUUCCAGAGAAACAAAUUUUCCAUCUUUAUUCUUCUAAAUCGGAUUCCUUUGGUACAGAUAAUCACAAUUACUCUAUCCCAUGGAAUCAUAAAAAAAAAUCUAUUGGAGAUGAGGGAUCUUUUGAUAUAGUAGAAAACGGGCAAGCUAUUAUUUCAAUGAUGAGUAAGAAACAACAUAUGGAAAUCGAGCAUUCUGGUGAUAUUGCAACUUAUCGAAGUUCCAGUUUUGGGAGUAAGCAUAGAAGUAAUGAUUUUUCAGAAAGGUUGGAUAAAAAUAUGGGAGUAGCUGCCUAUAUUGUCAAUGAUAAGGGAAAAUGUUUUGAUAACAUAAUGUUUAAUUCUUUAAAAAAGAGCACUUUAAAAGGGGCUAGUCAAACUGAAGACAGGUGUGAUAAGUGGUAUCAACCUGAACAUAGGAGAAAUAUGAAUGAUUCUGCAGAUUUAAGGAAUAGCUGUAUUAACGAUAAAGGAAAAAGAUGGAGUUAUAAUAACGAAUUAAAUGGUGAGGAAGGAAAGGGAAGUAAAAGAAGUGACUUGAUGAACUCAAGAAACGGAAUAUUUUUUACAGAAUCGAGAAAUUUUCCAAGAUAUAAUGAUGAUCAUAACACUUCUCACAAGUAUAUUAUGGAAGGAAAAGAAAAAAAAUUUUACUCUAAUAAUUUUGAAAAGUUGUAUUCAAAGAGGAAUAGCCAAUAUAACCAUGUUGGAGAAAGAACAACAAUAGGUGAAAAUGAAAUAGGAAAGAAAAAAUAUAUUACUACAGAUAUUUGUGGGGUGAAUAAAGAAAUAUGUGAUAGAAUUAUCCAUUUGGAAAAUGAGAACACAAAUGAAAUGCAAAAAUUGUUAGAAACAUCAUCAGGCAUUGGAUAUAGGUAUAAUGGAAAGGAACAUGGUAUUUUGUGCAGAAAGAUAAGUAAUGAUAAUCCCAGUUCUAAUUUGUGCUAUGAAGAAAAGUUAAAUCAAAAUGAUUUUGACACCUCAUGUUAUCAUAGGAACACCGAGUCUAUAAGAGAAAUUACGAAUAACUGUAAUGGUAGCAUAAAUUUUGAAAAGAAAAAUUGGAAGCCAUCACAUACCCAAAGCGAAUUUAUACCCUAUGAUGAAAGGAUGAAAACAGAGAAAAAGGAAAACUCAAACAUUGUGACAAAUGAACAUACAGAUGAGAACAAAAUUGUAAAUUUUUAUAAUGAACCAAUUAUGAGAAGAGAAAUAUUUCCCUUGGACAACAAAAGUAGUGUAAAUAAAUUAGGGGAGACAGCAGAUUUUGGAUGUAAAGAAAGUAGUGACACAUAUGAAUCCAGAAAUAAUGAAAGCACUGUUAAGAUCAUAUGUAACGAUGGUUACAUUUGUGACAAGAAGGAAUUAGUUAAUGGAAAUGAUUUGAAGAAAUACUGGUUUGAUUACAUAAAUAGCAGUUUUGGCAGUGUCAAUGUGAAUGACAUACGGGGGUUGAUUUCUAGGAGUGCCCAGAGACAUACGCAGGGUUCGUCAACAAAGACCCCAGUGAGUGGUCCAGUGAGUGGUCCAGUGAGUGGUUCAGCGAAUGGUUCAGCGAAUGGUUCAGCGAAUGGCCAAAUAAAUACCCCAGUGAGUGGCCCCAUGAGUGGUCUAGGGAGUGACCCGAUGAAUGUCCCUGUGAGUAAUGUGGAUGGCUCUUCACCCAAUCAAGCACAUAAAAUCAUAUGCACAUCACGAGAUAAUUUGGAGGGAAAUAAUAUCAAUGAGGCUACACUGGCAAAACUAAUUCGAGAUAAGAUAAGAGACAGCAUAUCAGAUGUAGUGGAAAAGUUAUUGAAUGAAAAGAACCCAAAUAUAAUGAGAACGGUUGUUAUGAAUGAAUUUUCAAAAGAAGCGAAUUCAAGUCGAACAUCAGAUUUUUUUUCCAUUAUAGAAAAAGAAAAUGAGGCACAUUAUAGUAGCUCAACUGAGAAUUUGACAUGUCAAAGGAAUAAUAAAUAUAGUCAACAGUUAGUAUAUGAAGAUGUAGCAUCAACGGAUGUGAUAAAAAGGGAUACAGGGGAAAGCAGCUAUUUGUUACAUAAGAAUAGAAUGAUUGACAACAUGAAUGAGGUAGGUAAAGGUAGGGAAGAUAAGGUCGAUAAUAGUACUAAGACAACAUGUUGCACAGAAGAAGGGCUUGAGAAAAACUGUGAGAGAAACGUAGGACUAGCUAAAGAAAGGAAUGAAGAAACUGUAUUAUUAGAUGAAAAAGAUAUGCAAGAAAUAGAAAAACUGAAUAGUCAUCUGAAAUUAAACAAGAUAAACAAAUCAAUCGAUGUAAAUAAAGAAGAUGUAGAAAAUAAAAAGAAAACGAAUUGGAAAAAUCUUCUGUACAAUUGUAUUGACAUAAUUUAUUUACUGAUAAAUGAAAAUAACAUAAAGAAUAAUAAAAUAAAUUCAGUGUUAGAUGAGAUAAAUAAAUUUAGCGAAUAUGAGAAGAAGAUAAGGCAUUUAAAUGAUGAAAAUGAAAAAUUGAAAAUUGAAAUUUUACAAAAAAAUGAAAUCUUAAAAAAAAAAGAUAUCAAAGAGAGAACAAAUUUAAAUCAAAAAAUUACAGAACAAGCGAAGAAAAUAUCCAAUUAUGAAAAAGAUAUUUAUAUGUAUAAGAACAAAACCAACAAAUUGAAUAACAAUAUAAGUAAUAAGGACAAUGAAAUAGAUAAGUUAAAAAAAAGAUACCAAAUAAUGCUUGAUGAAAUAGAAAAAUGUAAACAAGAUGCAAACAAUGUUUUGAGAAAAGUACUGAAUAAAAAACAUAUGAACUUAGUAGAUAAGCAAUGUCUAGAUCUAUCUAAAUAUUAUGAGGUUGAGAUGAAUAUGCUAAAUAAACAAAUUAAAAAUUUGAAGGAAAUUAUUAAAAAUGAAAGGAAGGAAAAAAUUAUGUUGAGUAAAAAAUUAAAUAAAUUUUCCCUUAGUAGAGAAAAGUCUGUAGUAACACCCGGGACCAAAGGAGCACAAUGGCACAACGUGCGGAGUGAUGAUUCUACUGAUGUCCACGAAGAUGGAGAAGGAGAGGAAGAAAAUUUCAAAAAGGGUAAUUCUAUCGAGCAGGAAACAUUGGAAUCGUCUAAUGAGGAAUGCAAUAGUAGAAGAAAUAGACACGAAAAUGACGCACCAAAAAAAACGCUUGAAAAUACGCUUGAAAACGCAGCAGAAAUGCAGAUAGACAUUAAUGAAAGAACGAAGGAAGGCACAUAUAAAAAAAUGUGUCAGAAUUUAUUUAACGAAAUGAGUGAAAUUAAAAAAGAUUUUGAUAAUCAGAAAAUAUUAUAUGACAAAAAAAUUGAACAACUAGAACAAAAGCAAGAACUGCAAAAUAUUAAAAAUAAAUUAGAUGCAUCUGAAAAAAUUGUACAAGUAUAUCAAAAUAUUUUUAGGGAAAAUGUAAAUUAUAUAAAGAGUGACAAUUUGCAAAAACGAGAUUUUAUUCAACAUAAGGGAGAAAUUCAUAAUAUGCCCAAGGAUGAAAACAAAAAUUAUGGUUAUCAGCAAAGUGCUGACAAAGAUAAUUUCUUAAAAAAUGAAGAUGCUACCACCCACUUGCUUCGAAAUUCAAAUAAAGGUAGUUACGACGAUUUAAGUAGAUCUUCUCUUGCAUUUUUGAAGAAUGAUAAUAACCAAACCAAUACUGCAAUGUCUUGUAAUUUCACAACCCCUUCUGCAGAAUUUUUUAUGAGUAAACCAAAUGUGAGAUAUGAUUCAGGAAUUUCUCACAUGAUUCCAUUCGGGGUUAAUAAUUCUUAUUGGGGAACUGUCCCGUUUAUUAAUACCCAUGGAUCUGUUGAUACUCAGGAUUCUAAAGGAACCGAGGCCUUCAAUGGAGAAAGGGGUUCAAGCAGUAUUGCUCAAAAUAAUUAUCUGAACGAAUUUGUAAAAAUGUAUAUACAAAAUAAUCCAAUUAGUGAAUCUAUCGUCAAUGGAUUAAAAGGUUGUGAGAUUUCGAAGUGGAAACAAAUAAAUUCAGAAAAUAUGUCCAACAAUGACUACAACAAUAGUAAUUUACAUCAGAAUUUAAUGAAAUUUGAAAAAACGGAAUUGAUUAAUAUAUUUAUAAGUAUAUGUAAUGAAUUAAAAAGUGAUAAUAUAUUUUUUCUAAUUGAAUUUGUAAAAUUUUUGUCAUUCAUAGUUUAUGAACAGUUCCCCUUAUUCACUUCUUUCUUUUACAAUGUGGCAUCGAUCGUUUCUAUAAAUUCUGCGAAGUUUGAUGAAUGCAUAAAUAUAUUGAAAAAAUGGAAAAAUCAUUAUAUACAUGGGCAGAGGUAUUACACUUUCAGGAGAAAUAUCUUAUUAAUUUUUCAAGCCGAUUUAAAGGAUGCCAAAAGGAGUGACAUCGACAGAACUUGUUUGAAUCUUGUGAAAAAUUUAUACCAGAAAAACAUGGAGAUGUCCAAGUAUUCCAACGACUCCAUCGAAAAGGCGGAGUAUAUAAUUAAUAAACAUUCGAAGGAAAUUAUAAGCAAAGUUAUUAAGACGUACAUGAACCUGUACAAGAUUGACAAGAUUAACAACAUCAUACCGCACAUGAAUUCUAUGAACUCAAAGCUCAAAACGCAAUCUUAUUUUGUGAGAUCCAUAUCGUCUUGUUUGAAUUUGAGCAAAACGGAUACGUUUCAGGAGAUUGAGCGUAAAAUAAAAGGGAUAUCCUCAACAAAUGUUAUUAACGAAAAGAUAAAAAACAGAAUAAAUAUAGAAGAAAUAGACGAAUAUUUGGCAGCAUACACAAUUGUGGGUACACUGAAGAAAUAUCUGAACAUUACCCUAACUCAAGACCUGUUGCCUUCGAUCUCGAAGAUCAUUCAGAAAAACAAGUCCUCUAUGUGA